AUGUCCAAGCGGAAACAGGACAAGAAAAAUGACGACUCUGACUCUGACUCUGACUCCGACGUCAGCCUGAUCGAUGUCGACUUUGACUUUUUCGACCCGAAUCCCAACGUCGACUACCAUGCCUUGAAGAGGCUCAUUGGCCAGCUUUUCCAGCGCGACGCCGACCUUUUUCACACACACGAGUUCACGGAGCUGAUACUGAGCCAGCCCAGGGUAGGGACGACGAUAAAAACGGAUGGAAUGGAGAGUGAUCCUUACGCGUUAUUGACGGUGCUGAAUAUGCAUAAACACAAGGAUCAUCCGUCUAUCAAGGCUCUGGCCCACUAUUUCCUGGACAAGUCCUCGACAGACCCAGCUUUCCAUGCUACCCUUCAAGGGCUCUUUUCACAAACAGAGUCGCAUGUUGGUUUCGUGCUAUGCGAACGGCUCAUCAACAUGCCUGUCCAAGUAAUUCCUCCCAUGUACCGCAUGUUGAUCGACGAGUUGAAAUGGGCGAUUGCUGAUAACGAGCCGUACACGUUUUCGCACCUUAUCUUCGUAUCGCGGACCUACCAUCUCACGGAAGAUGAAGAAACGAUGUUAUCGUCCACCCAGACAAAAUCACACAAGUCGAAGAAGACGAGAAAAGCUCCGGCUCCGACAUUCGCCCGUCCUGCAGACGGCAUUUAUCCAUUCCACCCCGAAGACGAAUAUAUCAAGCAGGCCUCUAUGCAUGCGGUUGACUAUACCUUCUCAACGUCGCCUACUGAGCCCCGCGACAAAGAAUCUUUCGGACUUGACACUCGAGGAAGAAUGAUGCUCGUUCCGGCCGAAAAUUUCGCGGCUUUGGUUGGGAAGAUGUCUGAAGCGUACGCCGUUGGAUGA